AUGGCGAGUGCAUGGGCGCGGGGCGCAGGCCCAGGCCGGCGGACGGCCCUCUCCCUGGCCGUGGCGCUGCUCUGGCUGUGGCCGCCGCUGCGCGCCCAGCGCCGCGGGGCCACGGCAACGCCCACGACCACCGUGAACACUUCAGCCGGGUGCGGGAGGCCUGUGGGGUCCGGGAAGAUCCUCGGUGGCAGCGACGCGCCGGACCAGCGGUGGCCGUGGCAGGCCAGCCUCCUCUACCACGGAGCGCACCUCUGCGGGGCGGCCCUGGUCGACGCCCUCUGGGUGGUCUCCGCUGCCCACUGCUUCCAGAAGUCCCACCACCCGGGCGACUACCGGGUCCUGCUGGGGUACCACAAGCUGCACGAAGCCACCCCGCACACCCUGCAGAUGGCUGUGAACCGAGUCAUCGUCCACAGGGACUUUAACAAGAACCACUACAUGGCGAACGAUGUGGCGCUGCUGCAGCUGCGGCAGCCGGUGACCUUCACGGCCCACGUCCUGCCCGCCUGCCUCCCCGGGCCGCGCGUGACGCUGCCCCCGCGAACUGCCUGCUGGAUCACCGGCUGGGGGAUGGUCACCGAGGACACCCUCCUGCCUCGCCCUUUCCAGCUGCAGGAGGCGCAGGUCAGCGUGCUGGAGAGACGGAUCUGCCAGAUGUUGUACCCCAGCAACAGCCAGUACGGCGUCCACGAUGACGCGCUGUGUGCGGGGACCAUGACGGACAACAAGUCCAUCUGCCGAGGCCCGGCCUCGCCGACCUUCGGGCUGGACCCAGAGAAGCUCCCUGGGGGCCAGGAGAGCGGCCGGCCCGCCGCCCCCACCCCCGGGCGCUUCUGCUCCCCGCUGGCACCUGCAGAAGUGGGGGGCUGCCCGCCACCCCUCUGUGUCCUGCACACAGGGCGCUCGGCCUCGGUUAUGAAACAGGAGGGAGACUCCGGGGGUCCCCUGAGCUGCCAGCUGAACGACACCUGGUUCGUGCUGGGGCUGGCCAGCUGGAGCCUGCCCUGCCGCACACCCGUGAGCCCCAGCGUCUUCACCAGCCUCUCCCACUUCUCCGGCUGGAUCCGCCAGCAGCAGAGCGCCGCGCCGCCCCCCGCCCGGCCUCCGCACCAGCCGGCCGUCGGGCCCAGCAACCCCGCCCCGGGCACCGGCCACCGGCCCCGCAGCCGCGCGGCCCUGCUGCUGUCGCAGGCCUUCCCGCUGCUGAUGCUGCUGCCGCCCCCCGGGGCUCCGUGA